UUUACCUGAUCUUGUCGAAGUGUUACGAUGAACGAAGUUUUAGGAAGUUUUUUAGCUUUUACCGUUUUCUGUACAGAACUAAGGAUAAGCUUAGGCACACAGAAUCGCUGUAGUAGAGUUUCUAGUGGCAAAUAUCGGCACUUCUCGGAGAAUGAACGAAUUAAAUUAAGAGAAAAAGCUAAAGAGAUGUUUUACUUUGGGUAUGACAAUUACAUGAAUUUUGCUUUUCCUAAAGACGAACUCGAUCCGAUUCAUUGCACAGGAAGAGGACCGGAUCAUGACAAUCCGUCAAAUAUUAACAUCAAUGAUGUUUUAGGAGAUUAUUCACUGGGAUUGUUAGAAUCUCUUGGCACAUUGGCAAUAAUGGGCAACAGCAGUGAAUUCAAGAGAGCUGUACAGCUUGUGAUUGAUUCUGUAACAUUUGAGAAGAAUAAUACAGUCCAAGUUUUUGAAGCCACAAUAAGAGUUCUGGGAUCAUUGCUAUCUGCACACCUGAUUAUAAAAGAUCCUCUUCAACCUUUUGGUGAUAUGGUGCCGUUAGACUAUGAUAAUGAAUUAUUACUUCUAGCUCAUGACAUAGCAAAUAGGCUGAUGGCUGCAUUUGAAACAGCCACAAAAAUUCCAUAUCCUAGGGUAAAUUUAGUUGAUGGUCUGCCGUCAAUUUUAUAUAAUGAAACUUGUACAGCAGGAGCUGGUACUAUUAUAUUAGAGUUUGGAAUUCUCAGCAGACUACUGGGUGAUCCAGUUUUUGAAAAUUUUGCACGCAAAGCAGUGGAGGCUCUCUGGAAGCGCAGGUCAUUAGAGACUGGGCUGCUUGGAAAUGCUAUUAAUGUGGUGACUGGAGAAUGGACAGGAAAAAUGAGUGGAUUAGGUGCUGGCUUAGAUUCUUUUUAUGAAUAUCUUUUAAAGGGUUAUAUUAUGUUUGGGGAGACAGAGGAUCUAAAAAGAUUCAAUGAUAUCUACAAAGCCAUAAACAGAUAUCUUCGAAAAGGUCGACUUAAAUGCAACGAAGGUAAUGGUUCGACACCCUUGUAUGUGAAUGUGCACAUGAACUCCGGCCAAACAGCUAACCUGUGGGUAGAUGCUCUGUCAGCCUCGUUUGCAGGAGUACAGGUGCUUAAAGGGGACAUCAGGGAAGCCAUUUGUACGCAUGCUCUGUAUUAUGCGAUCUGGAAAAAGUACGAGGCUAUGCCGGAGAGAUUCAACUGGCAAACUAAACAGUCAGAGGUUCACUUCUCUCCAUUACGACCAGAGCUGAUUGAAUCAACUUACCUUUUACAUCAGGCCACCCAUCACCCGUUCUACCUCCACGUUGGCAGAGAAAUUAUGAGGGACAUAGAAAAACACAGCAAAGCAAGAUGUGGUUACGCUACCUUACAUGAUGUGAAUGACAAAACUCAAGAAGAUAGGAUGGAGAGCUUCUUCUUGAGUGAAACGUGCAAAUAUCUUUAUCUCCUAUUCGAUGAAAACAACCAUCUCAACCAGGACGCUUCAAACUACAUUUUUAGCACAGAAGGACAUGUCUUUAGAAUCGACUCUCGGUUUAGGAAAAGGCCAUGGGAUGAAGAAUCAAAAAUGUUUGCACAGAGGACAACGAAAAGAACUUUCAACACCCAGUCCUCAGGGGGUUAUAAUGACAGUAUUGGGUGCGUCAGCUUUUGUAGUGACCUGAAUAGUCCUCUACCAAUGGACAUUCGAUACUGGAAAGAAGUAGAAGCAGCAGUUGGUGUAUGAUAGCUGUGCCAAUUACGCUGGGAAUAAACAACAAACAGCUAAUCGCGGCACAAGUUCCUUCACAUUGUGACUGCUACAUGGUACAACUGGAAAAUCAUUCAACUUCCCGGAAUUUCCUUCACACUACUACUAAGUAGUACUCAAACAGACGAAUAAAACUACAAGACGUUUGAGUCAAAGGGUUUUCUGAGAACUUGCAACUUGGGGAUUUCUUCUCAAGCAACUAUGGACCAUUGCGUUUUCUGGCUUGAGGCUUAGCGCAUAUUUUAUGGACUAAUCCAACACCUGGUUGCUGCGUCAGAGAGAUGAUCACUUGUCUCCAUGUACACUAGAUGUCUUAAAAGGGAAUUUUUUUAUCGCUACAACAGACAAAUGUACCCAGAAAGUGGUCGAUCAAGUGAGACAUCAUAUCAAUGAAACUAUGUCGAAGUACUUUGAAAGAUUUUCUGAAGUGAAAGCUUCAACGGAAGUAGUCUCUCAAGAGUGGAAAAGUCAAGUGGGGGGAGUUAGGAAAAUGGAGGCUUAAUUUCCACGUUUCAUUUUUUUAAUUGAAAAAUGUCGAAGAUUUGUGAAAAAAUGGUUCGCGGCUGGAAUAACGCGACGUUUCUUCCCGGACAAGAGAAUGAUCAGAUGCCUUGGGAAAUUUUAAGCUUACUCGUUGCGCGUCACGUUCAAAGUCCCUUUCGCAAAGUUCAAGUCGUUAUCAGUCCAGCUCUCUAUCACAGGACUCCCAACCGCACGAUCAAUUUGUGGAGGGAACUUUUAAGAAUGCGAUCACUCUACAUUAGAUGUGAAUUUGGCAAAAGUCGACCACAGAGUUACGCUGAAUUCAAUUCAUAGAAAAAAAGGAAUAAGUUGAUAAUGAAGGAUAAAACGGAUUUACACAUCUCGGAGAAAAAAUAGCUAAGGAAAGAAAAACCCCUUAAAUUAAAACUGUUCUUGAUUGGUUUUAUAAGGGAACUAGCGAAUUUUGUAAGAAAAACAAGUGAACAAAAUGAAUUUAUAUACCUAGAGAUUGAAACUGUGUGUUUUUCAGUUCCGUCUAUAUGACAGUAAAUCGAUGUUUACAGCUGAUAGCUAUACGUGUCAAUGUCAGUAUCUGUAUAACUGCGCACCUACCCCUCCCCCAACUCAA